AUGAAAGCCCUUCUUUUCACACUGGCGACAUUAGUCGCUGGUUCUCUCGCACAAGCACCAACAACCAAUACAACGACAACAUUGUUGCCUGCUCCAAAAGGCUUGAGCGGGCACACUGUUUCUGUAGCCAACAAUACACUCUUCAUCCACGGUGGAGCUGGCUCAAGUGGCAAGCCAAGCAGCACAGCAUACGCCGUCUUCCUCAACCCAGACGGAUCCUUUCCAACCAGCGGCGCCAGCUGGAACGCUACAACCGACCUCAGCGGACUCACCCCCCGGAAAAAUCACAUCGCUUUCUCCACUGGUUCCUUCAUCUAUAACUGUGGCACUGAUGGGGCCCAAGGCGAUAUGACUUGCGAUCAAUUCGAUGUCGUCUGGUACAACAGUACAAGACUCACAAGUUUGCAAGGUGGAGGGCAAAACAGGGGCGGUAUGGCCGCAGCUCAAAGCAAUACCGCCGCAUAUGUAGUGGGAGGGUCUUCUGUUGGUACUGCUACUGGCUUUAGCAACGUUACGACGACCACGAGUGUAGUUAACCUGUCUUCAGGACCCUUGACAAGCAUGAACUGGAGGUCUGCCGCCCCUGUGGGUCUGGCAACCAGAUACCAUACAGCAACUUUGGUCGAUGGUGUAGGCGUUGUGAUCUUGGGUGGGCAACAAUCCACCGGAGGAGCAGCCGGUUUGUCCACUAUACUUUUUUACAAUACCAAUACCUCGACCUGGGAUUCAAAAAAUGUGAAUACUGCAUCACCGGCCAGCCGUUAUGGACACAGCGCUGUCGUCGAUGCUAGCGGGAAAAUCUUCGUUUAUGGCGGGUUCUUAACCACAACUAGCGUCGCCCAGAGUGAUUUUUGGUAUCUUGACACCGCCAAGCCCGAGUGGUCAUGGACGCAGCUUACUAGUGUCAAAGCUGAGUCGCGCGCCUUCCAUACGUCAACCAUGAUGCGUGAUGGCAAGAUUCUGCAUUUGUUUGGGCAAUCUGGUCAAAAUGCGAAUACCAUCCUCGACACCUAUUCGUUUUUCGACACCGUGACCAACCAAUGGAUCGACCCCCGGCCCGCGCCUGCCCUUGUCAACACGACCGAGUCCCCCUACACGGUGCACCCACCACCUUCAGUGCCCAACGCGCCUCCAACAACAGUGGUCGGUAAUAACCCUCUUACUCCACCUGAUUCCAUAUCCUCAGGCAACGAUGGCAAGCCCGGCUCCGGAUCGUCCUCGUCCUCGACCGGUCUGAACGUCCCGAUGAUCGCAGGUGUCUGCGCUGCUGGUGUGAUCCUCCUCUUCCUGAUCAUCGUCCUGAUCAUCCUCCUCCGUCGUCGCCGCAACCGUAACCGUCCCCAGCAUUACGCGACCGGCCCCAUUGUGAUGGAGAAGAAGUACAUGGACAGCCCCGCAUAUGAGGAAGAGGACAAGUCGAAGCAAGCCAAGGCGUUCAUGAUCCGCCGCCCUCCAAGUGUUUACGUCGUCGAUGACCAAGAUCCCGAGGACGAUAUCCCGCAUCCGCAUUACAAGUCCCAGUACUAUGGCGACCAAGGUCCGCCCUCGACGAGCGGUCGUGUGUCUCCAAGUGUGGCAGAGUAUGAAUUGUUUGGCGCGAACCGUAACACGCUCUCGACUGUCAGCUCUGUGGCAGAGAGACGACGUUACGUCGAGGAACAGCAGCGACAGCUCAGAGAAGGUUACGAGAGUGCUUACAAUCAUUCGCCACCUUUUGAACCUAAUAGUAAUGAACGGGACCUCCACAGCGUCUACGAGGACGACGAACAGUCCUAUGCGAACGGCAGGAACAACAACAAUAACGCUUCUGGUUCGACCGGCCCUCGGUACCCAAGGAACAACAGCAACUCCAGGCGUGGCCAGCAGGCCUCGUCGUAUGACCCCGUUGAUGACUAUCUAAACUGA